AUGUUUCGACAAAUUUGGCUGGUAGCGACUGCAUUUCCCGUCAUCGUAUGUGCUAACGGUCCGACUGAUAUUUACUUCACUGGUAUGGGCACGGUAAACACUGAAGGACAGGCUGCUGCCGUAGCGUGCAGCGCCGACAUUGAUGACAAUUACGUAACUAUAAAUAGUAACCAGUGGAACUCGACACAGAACUGCGGCAAAUGCGUGGAUAUCGUGUGUGAAGACGCUCGCUGCACUGACUCGGCUAUUCGCGUGACAGCUUUCAUCGUGGAUAAAUGCACUGAUUGCCAGACUGAAAGUUUGGGCUUGUCCCCUUCAGUGUACAAGACAGUCACGGGUAGUAGUGACACUACCCCGUACACCAUAAAGUGGCAAAUUGCCAACUGUCCCGCAGAUGCUAAAAGUUUCUUUGUUAACCUCAAGGCAAGAAGCGGUACUACCUAUGAGGCCGGUAUGGUGGAGGCAGCCACUGAUUCUUCAUCCAAUGUGUCGAUUCUAGAGGAGAAUGAUAAAGAGGUUGAGAAGAUGCCGACUACUCAGGAACAGGACAAGUCGGACGGUGCAAAUACCAAGUCUGGGGAUGACGCGCCUGGAACCAGUACGAUUGUCGUGGUUCUCGUGGUAUUAGUCGCUGUUUGUGGUGUCGCUUUGGCUGUUGUCGCGUUCAUUUUCUCGGCCAAGAAGAAGAAGGAGUGGGGCAAAAAGCUUGACGAUUGCAUGACUCGGUCUUUUGACACAUUCAGCUCUCCUGCUCAAACGAAAGCCACGAUCGUCAAGAUUUAA